UGGGCAACUUUUCCUCUGGACAGGUUUAGAUAAAUCUCCCCCUCAUCAGUCCUCAUUAUAUACUGGUUCCUAUAAGGUGUCAGGACGUGGCGGUGUAUUUCUCCAUGGAGGAGUGGGAGUAUGUAGAAGGACACAAGGAUCAGUACAAGGAUCAGGUGAUGAUGGAGGAUCAGCAGCCCCUCACAUCAGCAGUCAGAUCCAGUAAGAGAACAGCCCCAGAGAGGUGUCCCCGUCCUAUAAAGGAAGAAGAGGAGACAGAUGUGAGCUGUGAUGAGCAGUAUAAGGAGGACAUUCCUACAGGAAAAGAUCUGAUCUAUAUUAAUGCUACAGACAUAAAGGAAGAAGAUGAGACAGAUGUGAGCGGUGAUGAGCAGUAUAAGGGGGACAUUACUACAGGGAAAGAUCUGAUCCAAAUUAAUGCGCUAGACAUAAGGGUAAAAGAAGAAGAAGAAGAAGAGACAGAUGUGAGCGGUGAUGAACAGUAUAAAGAGGACAUUGCUACAUGUCCAGAUGACAGUACCGGGAGAUCAGAGGAGAAUCUUAUAUCUUCAUAUUAUAAAGCAGAUGAUGAUAUCACACAAGAUACAUAUGAAGAACAUUCCAUUAUCCCAGAUACACCCUCAGCCCUUCACAGCCAGGAGGAAACAACUCUUAUUCUACAUCAAGGAACCCACACAGGGGAGAAGCCAUUUUCAUGCCAAAAUUGUGGAAAAUGUUUUACUAUGAAAUCGACACUUGUUAAACAUCAAAGGAUUCACACAGGGGAGAAACUAUUUUCAUGUUCAGAAUGUGGGAAAAGUUUUACUCAAAAAUCAAUUCUUGUUGAACAUCAAAGAAGUCACACAGGAGAAAGGCCAUUUUCAUGCUCAGAAUGUGGAAAAUGUUUUACCCAGAAAUCCCACCUUAUUAAACAUAACAAAAUCCACACAGGGGAGAAGCCAUUUCUAUGCUCUGAAUGUGGAAAAUGUUUUAGCAUGAAAUCAAAUCUUGUUGAACAUCAGAGGAUUCACACAGGGGAGAAGCCAUUUUCAUGCAGAGAAUGUGGGAAAUCUUUUGCUCGGAAACUAGAUCUUGUUCAACAUAACAGAACCCACACAGGGGAAAAGCCAUUUUCAUGCCCAGAAUGUGGAAAAUGCUUUGCUCAGAAAUCAACUGUUGUGCUACAUCAAAGAACCCACACUGGAAAGACGCUAUACUCAUGCCCAAAAUGCGAAAAAUGUUUCACUCUGAAAUCAAAAUUUAACAAACAUCAAAAAACUCACACAGGGGAGAAACCAUUUUCAUGCUCAGAAUGUGGCAAAUGUUUUGCUCAAAAAGCAAAUCUUGUUAUACAUCAGAGAACUCACACAGGGGAGAAGCCAUUUUCAUGUUCAGAAUGUGGGAAAUGUUUUACUCGGAAACCAGAUCUUACUUCACAUCAGAGAAAUCACAUAGGGGAGAACCUACUUUCAUGCCCAGAAUGUGGGAAAUGUUUUACUAAAAAAUCAUACCUUAUUAAACAUCGGAAACGUCACACAGGUCAUCUUCACGCCCAGAAUGUGGGAAAUGUUUAACUAAUAAACAAGAUCUUGUUAAACAUCAUGAAAUAUACAAAGGGGAGUUACUAGUAUGUACCACAUAUACAAAAUCUUUUACCCAAAAGUCAACUUCAAUUGCACUCAAAGAAAAAAAAAUACAUCUAUGUUAGGAGUGUGGAAAAUGUUUUACUCACAAAUCACAUAUUCUUAAAAGAGGAGCUAUUGGCAGUUGAUGAAAGACUUUUUUUUUUUUCUUAAAUACAUACUAUUAACAAAUCUAAAGCUUUCCCUCUUGUACUGUAUUAGGCCAAGUGCAAAUGUCGUCCUCUGCCCCACAUUGGGCUAUAUGUCACUUGUCAGAAAGGGAUGACGACACAGCCCGACGUGUUUCUGUCAGGCUCAUUGAUUUAAAUGCACAACAUAUGGUGACUAUGUUCUGUCCAUUUCCUGGACACGUACUGUUUGUGCAGGACUAAAGAGAGUGCUUUUUUUUCCUAAUCCUAUAUAUAUUUGAUGAAAAAAAAAGAUAUUUUAGUUUAUUAGAAUUAUUGAGGUUUUCCAUGAGGGGAUGAGGGAGGUAAUAGAACUCAGAGAAUUGUUUAUUUUUUUUAUGUCAAAUAGUAGAAAACAACUAUGGGGGAGAUUCAUCAAAACUUGUGCAGAGGAAAAGUUGACCAGUUGCCCAUAGCAACCAAUCAGCUCCCUUUUUGAAAAGGCCUCUGGAAAACGAAAGAAGCGAUCUGAUUGGUUGCUAUGGGCAACUGGUCAACUUUUCCUCAGCACAGGUCUUGAUGAAUCUCUCCCUUUAAAGGGGUACUCCGCCCCUAGACAUCUUAUCCCCUAUCCAAAGGAUAGGGGAUAAGAUGUCAGAUCGCCGGGGUCCCGCUGUUGGGGACCUCGGGGAUCGCUGCUGCAGCACCCCGCUAUCAUUACUGCGCAGAGCAAGAUCG